CACGCUCCCCUAGCGGUAGCUUCGCCUUGCGUCUGUUUGGGAUACUCUAUCUCGAGGCAUCGUCUCUAUGGUUGGCUGGCCAAGCUCCCCCGUCCUGCUUGCGGAAGAUGGCCGGGCCGGUCCUAGUCUAGACUAGCGCAUCUCCGUGGGAUGUCUCGGGGAGCGUCCCAUCCUAGGGGCGACGGGGGAAGACGCUGCAGUUUUACAGCGCCUCCUCCCGCUCUGCAUCUAAGAGUCCCUACUCCUGCAGCCCAGGAGAGCGAUCUCUAUGAUCCCCGCGCCUUAGGAGGAGGAAGUCGGAGGAACGUGCCUUUCUCUCCCCGCUGCCUUAUCUAUGGUUUUUUUUUCCCUUGAUGGGAAAGGGGGUCCCGGCGCCUGCGCAGUAGCUGGCUGGUCGCUGGUCACUGGUUGUUGGGGGUGGGUGGGGGAGCGGGAGCCGCCGCUGCUGCCGCCGGAGCAAACCGCGGGGACCGAGAUGCAGGUGGGACCGGAACCGGAACCCCCCUCCUCAUUCCCCUCUCCCCCCCGGACCCUCCCCCUUCCCCGGGCCUGGGGCUGGAGAGAAGGCCGGAGGUCCCGGAGCGGGGCCGGGGGCAUGCCCCCGGACAGCGCCCCCCCCGGAGGCCGGUGCCGCGGGGCGCCCUGGGCGGAGGGAAGGCCGGCCAUCUGCGGAGGCCCCCCACGGCCCGGGCUUGGGCGGGGGAGCAGGGAAGCCCUCGGUCUCAGCGCCGCAGCGCCGGGGACGGGGUCGGGCGCAUCUGGGGAGGGCCCCCUGGGUGAGGGGCUCCCCGCCGGGUGGGGGCCUGGGUGCCUCCCUCUCCGUGCCCAUCCCCCGGUCAGGAGGGGCUGUGGGCGGUGCCCGCCAGGCCGGGAAGCGCAGGGAGGGAGUGCGGGGGCAGCCUCCGGGGGAGGGUCCGGCCGGACGGGGGAGGCUGCUCCCCUCCGGCCCCGGAGAUCCGGCCUCCGCAGUUUCUCCCUUGGCCGGCUCCAGGCUCUGGUGUCUGUGGAAAUUCGCUUUGAUGCCGGAUCUAGCCUUGCCCGAACUUGCCGCCCCAGGGAGCUGCUAUAGGCGGGAGGGACCCGCUCUGCCGGGGCCCCUUAGCGACGGCUCCGCCUCGGGGUCUUUUCUCACCUGGGGGGGGGGGGGGGGGGGGCGGGAGCCGAGGGCUCCGCCUCGCUUAGCGGGGCUGCUGGGAAACCGCUCAGAAAUCGUCAGGCGGGGUGUGAACGCCCCCAGCCUUGUUUUCCCAGAGGCCCGCUCGCUCUGGCUGCGGCACCCAGGGCCCCUGUGUCACAACCCGUCUAACCUUUAGCCCUUUUGUUUCCUUCUGUUCUUAGCGACAAUAAAAAAUAGUUCAUCCCCGCCUUCUCGUAGUUUUUUUCUUGUGACUGAGGGGAGAAGGUAGUGAGGUAGUUGUGCUCCCCAUCCUGUAAAGAGCAGCCGCUGACCCCUUGGUGGAAGAGCAGGUAGGAGCGGUGCUCGCAGAAGUGUUUUAAGCGCUAGGCAGGGGAGCAGGUGGCAGUCACCCCUGUAGUGCUGAUCCUUGGAGGAGGAGACCGGUGGACGGAUUUCUGAAAGGGAGGUGAUGGAAAAGGAAGCUUUAUAAGUAACUAAAGGGUUGGGGGUUUUUUUUGGGGGGGGGUGGUGAUCAGCUCGCCUCUAACUCUUUGGGGAUCACAGCCAAAGACUAGGCUGAGAUUACAGCAGAAAGCACGGAGGUUAGCUCUCUGGGAAAGCUACCAGAGCUUGAGAAGCGUGAGAACCUGGAGUAGGGGAAGGAAGCUAACGUAGCUUUCCGAAUGGGAAAGGAACAAUAUGAACAGAAGUGGGAGCUUCUCAGUGGGGGAGAAACAAUUAAGUUAUUUCUGGAACCUGGGGAAAGGUUUACAAAAGAAUACAAACAUUAACCCUAAUACUGUUAUAUAUGUGCCUCUUUUUCCCUUCUACAGUUGCUGCAAAUGACCCUGAGUCUUCCGGCCUUCCCCCCCACUUCCUUCCCUCCCCUGGGUCCCCCACUCUCCAUUUCAUCCGGCUCAUCAUGAAUGGUGCCCCUUCCCCUGAGGAUGGGGCUUCCCCUUCUCCUCCCCCUCUGCCGCCACCACCACCUCCUCCAAGUUGGCGGGAGUUCUGUGAAUCCCACGCUCGGGCGGCAGCCCUGGACUUUGCCCGACGCUUCCGCCUCUACUUGGCUUCCCAUCCCCAAUAUGCCGGGCCUGGGGCUGAGGCAGCCUUUUCCCGACGUUUCGCUGAGCUCUUCUUGCAGCACUUUGAGGCAGAGGUGGCCCGGGCCUCUGGUUCCCUUUUAUCAUCUGGUUCAAUCCCUCUGAGUCCUGGUACGGAAACCCCAUCCCGUGAUCUUUCCCUGGAGAGCUGCAGGAACAGUGGGCCUCUGACUGUGUUGGGUCCUUCUCGAUCCUCUGAAGACCUGGCUGCCCCUCUCCCUUCCUCAAUCUCCUCAUCCUCAAAGCCUAAGCUGAAGAAACGUUUCUCCCUUCGCUCUGUGGGCCGAUCAGUACGAGGCUCAGUUCGAGGGAUCUUGCAGUGGCGGGGAGCUGGUGAUCCCCCCUCUCCAGUGGGACCCUUGGAGACCUCUGCCUCUGGGCCACCUGUCCUGGGUGGAAACAGCAACUCCAACUCCUCUGGUGGGGGUGGUAGCACCAAUGUGGGGCCAAGUGGCGGUGGGGCAUCCCCCGGGGAAAGAUGGACACAUCGUUUUGAGAGGCUGAGACUAAGUAGGGGAGGGGGACCCUUAAAGGAAGGGACAGGGACGGUGCAAAGGGAGGGGCUACUGAGCUUCAUGGGAACAGAGGAGGCAGCUGUUGGAGGAGAAGGUCGAGGGGGAGGAGGAAUUGGAACCUCAUCUGGGGGUGGGGGACCACCAAGGUGGCAGAAGUGUCGCCUGCUGCUUCGGAGUGAGGGGGAAGGAGGAGGAAAUCGGCUGGAGUUCUAUAUCCCACCUAAGGCAUCCCGGCCCCGGAUCAACAUCCUGUGUUCUACCAUCACAGAUGUCCGGACAACCACAGCCCUGGAGAUGCCGGAUAGAGAGAAUACCUUUGUGGUCAAGGUGGAGGGUUCUGUGGAAUAUAUUCUGGAGACAGCUGAUGCCCUAAAUAUGAAGGUUUGGGUGUCUGAUCUACAGGAUUGCCUGAGCCCAGGAGAAAACACAGACAGCCUGGACCUAUCCUGCCUCAACCACUCGGAGAGUCUGCCCAGCCAGGAGCUGCCCUUGGGGCCUAGUGAGAGCAAUGAGCACUUAUCUCAGGGGGCAUAUGGGGGCCUCUCGGAUCGUCCUUCGGCUUCUGUCUCCCCCAGCUCUGCCUCCAUUGCUGCUUCCCAUUUUGAUUCAAUGGAACUACUGCCCCCAGAGUUGCCCCCCCGAGUCCCUAUUGAAGAGGGGCCCCCAAUGGGGACAACUUACCCUCCACCAGCCCCGUACCCUCCUCCAGACACUCCAGACACUCCAGGUUCGUUCCUGUUCCAGGGGGAGUCAGAUGGAGGUGAUGGGGAUCACCCCCUUUCAGAAUACCCUUGGUUCCAUGGGACCCUCUCCCGACUCAAAGCUGCCCAGCUAGUGUUGGCAGGGGGUGCUGGCAGCCAUGGUGUCUUCCUGGUACGUCAAAGCGAGACGAGGAGGGGGGAGUAUGUCCUCACGUUCAACUUCCAGGGCAAGGCCAAGCACCUUCGUUUAUCCCUGAAUGAGGAUGGUCAGUGCCGGGUGCAGCACCUCUGGUUCCAGACCGUCUUUGACAUGCUGGAGCAUUUCCGGGUCCACCCCAUUCCCCUGGAAUCCGGGGGCUCCAGUGACGUCACCCUCGUCAGCUAUGUUGUGGCCUCCCAGCGGCUCCAAGAACCGAACAUCUCCCAUGACCCAUCCCAACCUACUGACCCUGAUCCGAGGGCAGACCCUGCACACCCUGGGGAAGAGGAGCAGAUGGUGGAAGCACCAGAAGCUGCAGAGCAGGAGAAAGCAGGCAGUGGAGGGACCCCAGGAGAGCCAGGCCCUGUGGCCGAGCUCGAGGAGGCCACAGCCCUAAACAGGGAGCCCCCAGGGCUAGAGGGGCCUGCCGGGGAGGUGGGAGUGAACCCUUUUGUGCAUUUCUUGCAGUUGCAGCCAGGGAAUGCCGGGGAGGAAGGGGUCCGCUCCAGAGCCAUCAAUAACCAGUACUCCUUCCUAUAAGGAUGAAUAUCCCCACACACAACUAAUUCCCCUUUCUUCUCGGCCCCGGGCCAGGACCCAGGACAGAUCCUCCCCAGAGAGGUACAAACACUUCCCUUGCCCCUGUUUGUCUAGGGGGUGGGAAUGGUACAGGACAGAGGGACAGAGCCAUUAGUAACUUCCCAGAUGACACACUCCAAGCCGCCCCUUUUCCGGGGCAGGGGACUUGGAUCCAUUACCUCCUUUUGGGGGUGGGCCAAUUGUGCUCAGCCUCGCCCCCUGUGGGCCAUUUCUCCAGUACCUCUCACAGCUCUCUGUGAUGUAUUGGGGAGGGGCUGUAUCAGCUACAUUAAGGAUUUUUUUUUUAAGUGAAAUGGAGAAACAUCAAUAAAAAGGUUUAUCUCA